AUGCAGCUGUUUCGCCUCGGUCUACUGGUUGCUUCCUUCAUUGCCUCCGCUGGAGCACAAUCGACCUUUACUCCUGCUCGUCCCCCGGCUGCUCCUUUGGCUGUCAAGUCGCCGUACCUGAGCACUUGGCUGAAUAUUGGCAGCGAUGGUGGAGAUGGAGGCUACCUCGCCGGCGAAUGGCCCGUGUUUUGGGAGAACCAGAUCACCGGCUGGGCUGGUAUGAUCCGCGUCGACGGUCAGACUUACACCUGGAUGGGCCUGCCCGGCUCUACGACUGUCAACCAGACCGCAUUCGAGUACACGUCAACAAAGAGUAUCUACACCAUGAAUAUUCAGGACAAGGUGGAAAUGAACAUUACUUUCAUGUCGCCUAUCACGCCCACUGAUUACAAGCGCCAAUCCCUUGUCUUCUCGUACUUGAAUGUUGAAGUUUCUUCCUUGGACGGCAAGGGCCACAAUGUUCAAGUCUAUGCGGAUAUCUCUGCUGAAUGGGUGUCGGGAGAUCGCGAUACCAUUGCGCAGUGGGACUACGGUACUACUGGUAAUGUCGCGUACCACAAGGUGUACCGUCAGGUCCAAUUGGAGUUCUCCGAGAUCAACCAGCAGGGUGAGUGGGGCAACUGGUACUGGGCUACUGAUGACAACGACGACAUGACCUACCAGUCUGGUAGGGAUAUCGUUGUGCGUGGCCAGUUCGCUUCGAACGGUACCUUGUCCAACACGGUUGACACCGACUUCCGAGCUAUCAACGACGACUGGCCCGUCUUCGGCUUCUCGUCCGACCUGGGUACCGUCGACUCGUCUCCCGUCAGCACGCUCUUCUCGCUUGGCCUUACCCAAGAGGAGGCUGUUCAAUUCGAAGGUGCCUCUGCAUACGGUCCGGUGAAGUCUCUGUGGACGAGCUACUUCAAUUCUGAGCUUGAUGCUCUGUCUUUCUUCCACAACGACUUCGAAGACUCUGCCACCAUUUCCGGCGCGUUUGAUAGCCAGGUUGCCAAGGACUCCCUUGCUGUUGGUGGAGAUGACUACCUCACCCUCACCUCCCUCUCGGCCCGUCAGGCAAUCGGCGCUACCCAGUUGGCUGGCACCCAGGACAAGAUGUAUCUGUUCCUGAAGGAGAUCUCGUCCGAUGGCAACGUGAACACCGUUGAUGUCAUCUUCCCGGCUUAUCCCUUCUUCUUGUACUCCAACCCUGAGUUGCUCAAGCUGGUCAUGCGGCCGCUUUACGAAAACCAGGAGGCCGGCAAAUAUCCCAACAGCUGGGCCAUGCACGAUAUGGGCUCGUCUUAUCCCAACGCCACCGGUCACAACGACGGUAAUGACGAGAAGAUGCCCCUUGAGGAGUGCGGCAACAUGGUUAUCAUGACUCUGGCAUAUGCCCUGAAGGCUAGCGACGGCAACUACUUGGACGCUCACUACAACCUACUCAAGAAGUGGACAACUUACCUUGUCGACGAUGCCUUGUACCCUGCCAACCAGAUCUCUACUGAUGACUUUGCCGGAGCCCUGGCCAACCAAACCAACCUGGCUCUCAAGGGCAUGAUUGGUAUCCAGGCCAUGUCGGUCAUUGCCGACCUGACCGGCCACAGCGACGACGCUGCCAAUUAUUCCAGCAUUGCCCACGACUACAUUUCCAAGUGGCAGUCUCUGGGCGUCGCGAAGGACGCCAAUCCGCCCCAUGCCACCUUGUCCUAUGGGAAUGACAGCAGCCAUGGCCUCCUUUACAACCUCUAUGCGGACGCCCAGCUGGGUCUGGGCCUAGUGCCGGAUUCCGUCUACCAGAUGCAGAGCAACUUCUACCCGACCGUCGCCAACAAGUAUGGUGUUCCGCUGGAUACCCGCCACACUUACACCAAGCUUGACUGGCAAUGCUUCACGGCUGCCAUUGCCUCCUCCGACACCCGGGCCACCUUCUUCAAGGACUUGUCGCUCUGGGUCAACGAGACCCCAACCAACCGCCCCCUGACCGACUUGUACGACACCAUCUCCGGAAACUACCCCGGAAUUACCUUCGUUGCGCGCCCCGUCGUGGGCGGUACCUUCGCACCACUCCUGGUGACAUCCUAUUAA